AUGGACGAAAUAGGGCCAGACUUCCCAUUCAAGGCCACGCCCAAGGCUGCGCCCCCAACACUCAAGAUUGAUCAUGACUGCGGCGUCAAAAUCACAACAUCUCCAGCGAUAAACAACCCCCCACUGCCCGCCGAUGGCCCUGGUAACGAGACCUUCUCGAACGGGCUCUUGAUUUCCCUCUUGAUUCUUGCCCCGACGUGCACGGCAUGGAAGUUGGGUGGCGGGUUCAAGACCGCGGUGUUCUUUGCCCUCAUCACCACUCUUCCGAUUCUGAUCACCUUCUGGGCCAUCACCUCUGCCACAGCCCCGCGCACGAACGAGAGAGUCAAGUGCCCAGGUCUUCCUGUGGAACACUACUUGACUUUUCAUAAGGAAGAAGAUCGUAACAAGUACAGAGGACAGAACAAGGUUCCGAUGGAGACGUUCAUGCGCAAAUAUUUCGAUGGUGACGCAGACUUUAACGGCGACGUCCUCGAAGUGCUUGAGUACCGUCAUGACUGGGCGUCUUUCCGUUUCACAUGGGAGCUAUUUCGAUACAUCAUUGUUAACUUUGCUACCGAUGUCCUCGUCCAUAGCCGAUCUCAGGAUGAAGAUCAAGUUCGAGACCACUAUGAUCGUGGUGAUGACUUCUACGCUUGGUUUUUGGGUCCGCGAAUGGUCUAUACAUCCGGCAUCAUCUCCGAUGUGACUAAGGAGGAGUCUCUCGAACAGCUACAGGAUAACAAGCUUGCCAUCGUGUGCGAAAAGAUUGCCCUGAAGCCUGGCGAAACCCUGUUGGAUAUUGGUUGCGGUUGGGGUACGCUUGCCAAGUUUGCCAGUAUCAACUACGGUGCAAAAGUGACAGGCAUCACUCUCGGGCGUAACCAAACCAAGUGGGGGAACGAGACCCUGCGCAGAGCUGGCGUAUCGGACUCUCAAAUUCACUGCAUGGACUAUCGCGACAUGCCUAAGGCCAAAUACGACAAGAUUACUUGCCUAGAGAUGGCCGAGCAUGUCGGUAUUUUCAAGAUUACUAACUUUCUUCGACAGUGUCGCCAUAUGCUGGAGGAUGACGGCGUCAUGCAUCUCCAGAUCGCAGGCAUCCGACAAGCUUGGCAGUAUGAGGAUCUGGUUUGGGGCUUGUUCAUGAACAAAUAUGUUUUCCCGGGCGCAGACGCAUCCACGCCACUUGCGUAUUAUAUCGGGUUUUGCGAAAGGGCUGGCUGGGAAGUCAAAAGCGUGGACACCAUUGGCGUUCACUACUCGGCCACAAUCUGGCGUUGGUACCGGAACUGGCUGGCGAACGAAGCCGACGUCACGGCCAAGUACGGACUGAGAUGGUUCAAGAUCUGGAAGUAUUUCCUCGCAUCAGCCACCAUCUCCUCCCGUCAAGGCUCUGCGACCUGCUACCAAAUCACUCUGGUCAAGAACAUCAACAGCGUUCACCGCAUUGACGGAGUUUCGACGCAAUUUGCACUCUCGGCUGCCCUUGAGGCAAGCCUGUCAUUCCUUGUUGAUUUCCGCAGCGCCGUGACCUGCGAUGAGACUCUUAAAUUCUGGAACGACACUUUUAUGCGUUUAUGUAAAGGUCUUGAGAGUCCUUAUACUGCGGAGACUACAAUCGCAGGCCAAAGAAUUAUCAUCACGGCGGAUCAAGAAAACGUAAAGGCGAUACUCGCAACACAGUUCGAUGAUUUCGGGAAGGGGAAGAAGUUCAGAGACGACUGGGUUGACAUGCUCGGGCACAGCAUCUUCAAUUCAGAUGGUCAGGCCUGGCAUGAAGCCCGAACACGACUUCGGCCCGUCUUUCAUCGAGAGCGCAUCAGUGACCUAGAGUGCUUCGAACGCCAUGUGCAAAAUCUUCUUCCACUACUGGAUACAGACGGUCAAACAGUGGAAAUAAAAGACUUGUUUCUUAGGUUUACUUUGGAUGUCUCGGCCGACUUCACGCUCGGCGUAGGUCUAGAUACACUGAAGAGGCCUUUGAACAGGUUUGCGGAGAGCUUUGAGCGAGUCCGACACUGGAAGAUACAGAGGGAGAGAUCGAAGCCUUUCAAGUUUCUCGUGCCGAGAAGCCGGUAUCAGGCAGAUCUGGACUACAUUGAAUCCUUCAUGGACCCGAUCAUUAUGGAAACCGUCAACCAAAUCAAAGCGGAAGAGGCCGGAGAAACACCUUACAAGAAAGAUGCUGGCUUCAACUUACUUCGCGCGUCCGCCGAAGUUUCCACUGACCGCCGUUUCCUGCGCGACGAACUAAUUACCGCCUUGUUUGCCGGCCGGGAUAAUACAGCCAUAGCAUUCACCUGGAUGCUCUACGAGUUGGCACGGCACCCGGAUGUCGUCAGGGAUCUGCGCCAGGAAAUCGACGCCCAAAUCGGUCUCAACAGUGAACCCGGAUACAAGACUCUGAAGGAUAUGAAAAUACUGUCCAACAUCACUAACGAAACACUUCGUCUCUAUCCUCCAGUUCCGCUCAACACUCGCGCGUGCCUGAAGAAUACCUCACUGCCCCGUGGAGGACCACUAGGGAACGAUCCUAUCGGCGUACUCAAAGGAACAGUUAUUAUCUAUUCCAAUCACCUUUUGCGUCAAUAUAAAUCCAGAGGCAUAUUCCCCAGUCCCGGAGGGUUCCCUCCCGGCUGA